AUGCCAAAAGAAACGGGCACACCUAACCAUUUUGACUCUUGGCGCAUAGGAUUUUGUUAGUUUUCUUAUUUAUUGUUUAUUGCUUGUUAAAAGUUGGCUUCCACCCAUGAAUAUCAACGAUGGCGACUUCAAGGACCUUCGCUCCAAGCUGGACAUCAUGGGCUUCACCCAGACACUGCCCGUUCUGGCGAUUCCACUGGUCCAGGCCAUAUUCGGGGAUUUAAUAAAAACGACGGAGUGUCUGCGGGACACAAAAAAGAAAGUUGCCGACUUGCUGGAGGAAAGGACCUGUUGGGAACUGGGUGUGGAGCCAUACAAGUGCGACAAUUCACGCCUCCUGGCCGAGUGCAAUGAACUCCAUUUGCAGUUCCUUCGGGAAAGGGAGGAUUACGAGCUGCGUCAGUGCGAAUCUGAUCGAAAGAUCCGUGAUCUGCAAACCGACAAGGAGCAUCUCCAGACCCACAAUGCCGGGCUACAAAACCAACUAGAUGCCCUGCUCAGCAAACAAUUAAUAUCAGCAAGUAAUACUAAGCGAUUGCGAGGAGGAGCCAGUGGUCCAGUUAAAAAACCAUUUAUAAGCACCGUGCGUGGCGGAAAUGCUCCACCGCUAGUGCUUGGCCCCUCGACGCUGAAAUGCACGAAAUGCAAUGCCGGAGUUUUCCAGAAGACUACCACCACCACCAAAGAUGGGGUGACAGUAACACAGACCAGUGGCCAAGAGGAACUGGACAAGAUUCAGAACGAACUGACGACCGCCGGAGAGCAGCUGGAGUUCUACAAACGGAAAGUGGAGGCCAGGAAUCGGGAGAUCCGGCGACUGAAUGACAUGCUCGUGGGUGGCCGACCGCCCGCCGCUUUGGCCAAGGACUGCUGCUACAAGGAGGUGGGCACCCUCUCGCAGGACAUUGAUCUGCUGCAGCGCGAAAAGAGCGAACUGAUGCUGCAAGUGCGAGAGUUCCAGGACAAGAUGCACGAUGCCAUGCAGCGGGCGGUGGAAACCCAGGAGGACAACAAGAAGCUGCAGAUGCAGUUGGAUGAGCUGAAGGAAGCGGCUCUCCAAGUGGAGGAGAUGGCCAAUGCUGAGAUCGAUGCCAAGGAGCUGGAGAUCAAGCAAAUGCAAUCGGAAAUAAAGCUGUUGCAAAAGUCAAAGGAUCACCGACUACAGGGCGGGUUCUGCGGCAUUCCAGGCGAUAAUCGUAACAUGAACGAGCGCCUGAACGUCCUGACGCGUCGCGAAGAGGAACUGGAGUCCACCAAUGAGAAGCACAAGAAGAAACUGGCCCAGAUGCAGGACAAGAUUCUGGAACUGCAAAAGCAACUGAAGGAUCAGAACCAGCACGGCACUCUGGAUGAGGAGAAGAUACGCCUCACCUCAGAGAGGGAUUUCUUCCAGAAGGAGUACCUGCGCUUGAUGGGCAAGUGUGGCUCCGAAACGGAGAUAGCCUUCCUGCAUGCCCAAAUCAAGUCCAAAGACGAAGAACUCAAGGCACUUCGCACAGAACUGUUUCCCGUUGGCAAGUCGGCCUUCUCGCCACAGAAGAGUGUGCAGUACGAGACUCUUCCUCCGGGCACUGCCUCUUCUGGAAGCACCGUGACCAGUAACCACAGCGACUGUGUGCAGGCCACCAUUGGACGAUUGGAGCGGGAACGGGAUUGCGCCAGAACCGAACUGGAGAGAGUGCGCUGCGAGCGAGACACUUUAAGGGAGAAGCAGCUCAGCAAUGUCCAACUACAUGCCGAGGAGCUGCAGACACUGCGCCUGCGCAACGAGGAGCUCAGUGAUCGUCUAAGGCAGCUGGAGCGGGAGAAGCGGGAACUCAACUCAGCUCGGAUACCGGUGGAGACGAACUUGACUCUGCUCCAGGAGGAUCUGGUCCAAAUGAGGAAGCGUAUAGCUCCCCUGGAGGCGGAAAUAGAACGCCUCAAGACCGAAAAUGAUCAGAUAAGUUUGCUGAAUGAACAAAACGAGCGCAUCAUCACCGACUACCAAGGCAAGCUAAUGGUGGCAGAGCGGCAGAGACACUCGGCGGAUGUCCGGGCCAGCACUAUGGACUCCAGUCGCGAGUCCAACCGCAACGAGGUCACCCAGCUCCGCACCGAAAUCGCAGCCCUGCGGCAGACCUACAUCAGCUUGGAGCACGAAAAGGACACCUUAUUGAAUCAAUUAGAUAACAAGACGGAGAGGGUUUAUAAGCUGGAGUACGAGCUCAAGGAUUGCAAGGAGAAACGUAAUACUCUGGAGCAGAAUGUAAAGGAUCUGGAGGAUCAAGUGAGAAAGCUGACCAACAGGAACCGGCAACGCGACUCAGAACUGACGGAGACCUCAACGGAAAGUAAAACGCUGAGGCAACAGAUUGUGGCACUCAAAGCCAGCCGCGAUGAGGCAAUAGCAGAGAACGGACGACUGAUGGACAAGCUGAGCGACGCCCAGGCAGAGGCCAAGACACUGCAGAAAAAACUGAAGGACUCGGAGCAGCAGGUGGCCAACAUGAGGCAGCAGCUGCAAAAGUAUGUCCAGGAGGUGAAGAAGGCCGAGGACCUGCUCACCCAGAAGGAAAAGGAACGCGACGAGCUCUUGGACCACUAUCACUGCCUUAGCCAGGACCAAGUGGCGCUGGAAGGAAACAACCAGAGUCUCGAGUGCGAGGCAGCAGAGUUCAAACGGCAGAUCUGCGAUCUAGAGGGAGAGAUUCAUUGUCUGAGGGCUCAACUGCACACCAAGCAGUGUGUUCUGGAGGAGAUGGACUUGCAGCUUACCACCGCAAAGGCCACCAUACGCUGUCUGGAGCGAGAUCUGGAAAAGGCACAGGGCGAUGUGCUGGUGCAAAAGGUGGACCUCGAAGCUCGCAAGGAGCUCUGCGAUAAACUGGACGCGGAAAAGCUAAAGCUCAAUGCAGAGCUCAACGAAGUCAACGACAUCCGGAAGAAGCUGGAAAAACAGUGCGAAAGAUUAAAGGAUGAACUUCAGCAGGCGAGCGCCAUGAAACAGGUCACCACUGACACCGCCGACCAGAUGCUGGAGCGCUUGCACAACGACCAACAGCGGCAGGAAGAUGGGGAUAUUAGAGCUAGAAGCCACAUGCAGCGGCUGGAAAGGCAAUACCAACAGGCCUUGAAAGAGCUGCAGGAGGAACGAGAGCGCUGCAGCCACCAGGAGCGUCUGGCCACCGAAUAUGAGCAGCAGGUACGGGAUCUGCGAUCCAAUCUCAACGAGGAUCGCUUCGCCAGGGCUAGAAGUCGGGAGCACAGCCCGCGAGCGCCUUCGAAGACACUGUAGAAAAGUCCUUCCCGUCCAAAAACAUUCCACUUUAAUUAUUUUUCUAGUUGUGUUUUAAUUCAAAUUUAAUAAAUGUACAAAAUAUA